AUGACAAUCGCGACAAAAGUGAACACAAGUAAAAAGGAUCUGGACACCAUCAAAGUGCCAGAACUUCCGUCAGUUGCUGCACUCAAAGCAGCAAUUCCAGAGCAUUGCUUCGUGAAAGAUCCUCUGAUUUCAAUCUCAUAUCUAGUGAAGGAUUAUCUUCUUUUGGCUGGAUUAUACUUUGCAGUUCCAUACAUUGAGCAUUAUCUUGGAUGGAUUGGACUUCUUGGUUGGUAUUGGGCAAUGGGGAUCGUUGGAUCUGCUCUUUUCUGCGUUGGACAUGACUGUGGUCAUGGAUCAUUCUCAGAUUAUGAAUGGUUGAAUGAUCUGUGUGGACAUCUUGCUCAUGCUCCAAUUCUUGCUCCAUUCUGGCCAUGGCAGAAGUCUCACAGACAACAUCAUCAAUAUACAUCUCAUUUGGAAAAAGAUAAAGGACAUCCAUGGGUAACUGAAGAAGAUUACAACAACAGAACUGCCAUUGAGAAGUAUUUCGCUGUGAUUCCAAUUUCCGGAUGGCUCAGAUGGAAUCCAAUUUACACUAUCGUCGGUCUUCCAGACGGCUCACACUUCUGGCCAUGGUCCAGACUUUUCGAGACAACUGAGGAUCGUGUGAAGUGUGUUGUUUCCGGAGUUGCUUGUGCUAUCUGUGCUUACAUUGCAUUUGCUCUCUCUGGCUACUCUGUCUACACAUUUGUCAAGUAUUACUACAUUCCACUUCUCUUCCAAGGACUCAUUCUCGUUAUCAUCACUUAUCUUCAACAUCAAAAUGAGAAUAUCGAAGUCUAUGAGCCAGAAGAGUGGGGAUUUGUUCGUGGACAGACUCAAACCAUCGACAGACAUUGGGGAUUCGGACUCGACAACAUUAUGCAUAACAUUACAAACGGACACGUGGCACAUCACUUCUUCUUCACAAAGAUUCCACAUUAUCACCUGUUGGAGGCCACUCCAGCCAUUCAAAAAGCUCUAGAACCACUGAAAAACACUCAGUACGGAUACAAGAGAGAAGUCAACUAUAACUGGUUCUUCAAGUAUCUCCAUUACAAUGUGACCCUUGAUUACUUGACACACAAAGCAAAGGGAGUUCUUCAAUACAGAACUGGAGUUGAAGCAUCAAAGAAAGCUCAUUAA